AUGGCUCCUAGCAGCUGGAGGAAACACCCAGAUAUCACAUCGGCUAGUAGUGCCAGUUGUCAGAAGCCCAGCAACAAUCUGAGGCAUCAGGCCUGGGCGUGCAUCCAUCCAAAGAUCCAUGGGGGUACGGUGGCUGAGCAGAAUCAGCUUGCCCUCUGGGCGGUGCUGGGCAUUCUGGAUUUGUCACGGAACAGAUUCGCGGAGCUGCCGCCCGAAGUUUGUCUCUUCGUUUCCCUUGAGAGCCUUAACUUGUACCAGAACUGUAUUCGCUAUAUUCCAGAAGCCAUCCUGAACCUGCAGUCAUUAACGUUUCUGAAUAUCAGUCGGAAUCAGCUCUCAACGUUGCCGGUCCACUUGUGCAGCAUCCCCUUGAAAGUUUUGAUAGCCAGCAAUAAUAAGCUCGUCUCACUACCAGAAGAAAUUGGAAACCUCAGACACCUGAUGGAGCUUGAUGUAAGCUGUAAUGAAAUCCAGACGAUUCCCCCACAGAUUGGCAAUCUGGAGUCUCUGCGGGACCUAAACAUCAGAAGAAACCAUUUGGUGCAUUUACCCGAAGAGCUUGCCGAGCUGCCUUUGAUACGGUUAGAUUUCUCCUGCAAUAAAAUCACCAUGAUCCCUGUUUGCUACCGGAACCUCAGGCACUUACAGACAAUCACGUUAGAUAACAACCCGCUGCAGUCACCCCCCGCGCAGAUAUGUAUAAAAGGAAAAGUCCACAUAUUUAAAUACCUGAAUAUGGAGGCGUGCAAAGUAGCUCCAGAUCUUCCAGAUUACGAAAGGCGGCCGAUGGGUUUUGGCUCCUG